CAGAGACCGAUUUUUGUUGUUUUGCGCAUGCAAUCGUAAUUGACAAAACUCACGGUGUCGCCAUUAUAACGAUGAUUUAAAUUUUUCCAUUGUAUAUGAACGAUUUUACGCCGUAAUUGAGUUGUGACUGUUUAGUGAAAAUGGACGAACAAAUGGAUUUUAGUAAUGACAUUGAUGGAAACGUGCAAGAGGAUUUCGAGGAGGAUAUAGGCUUCGAAAAUGAUAUUGACAUAGGGGACGAUUUUCCGGCAAGGAGAGGACGAGGUGGAUUUAGGGGCAGAGGCGGACCGAAUCGUAAUUGGCCUGGGCCCGGCGGGCCCCGAGGAGACGGCCCGAGAUUUCGCGGUAGAGGAUUUCCCCCCGGAGGCCCCCCACCGUUCAGAGGUCGAGGAGGUGGACCCCCACCGAUGUUUGGCCGCGGGGGACCUCGCAAUGCGCCUCCCGGAGGAGGAUUCAGCGGUGCUCCCCCCGGAUUCAACCCGAAUUGGGGGGGUCCCCCCGGCGGCCCGCCGAACAUGAUGGACAACGGGUUCAACGGGGGGCCACCUUUCAACGGUCCCCCCGGAAUGAUGAACAACGGACCGCCGCAUAAUAACGCCAAUAACGCGCAGCAGGGGGGAUUCCCCCCCGCCGCUACGAAUAUGGACGAAAUUUGGGUGGAGACAAAGUCUGGAGAGGGUAAAUCUUACUAUUACAACGCCCGUACGAGAGAAACAACAUGGACCAAACCGGAAGGAGCAAACAUAAAAGUUAUUUCGCAAGAUCAAGUCGAGGCUAUGGCGCAAGCGGCCACAGUUACUAUUCCACAGAACACAUCCACUGCUGCUCAAGCAGCUUUGGCUCAAGCUAAUGUAACAAAUAAACAGGAAGAGCACGACGACGGCAAGCUGGACCCGAAAAAGGCGAUGCAGAACGCGCAAAUGCAACAACCGCCGAACAUGAUGUCGGGCCCGCCGCCGGGCAUGCCGCCGUUCGGCGGCCCGCCCGGCCAGUUCGGAGGCCCGCCCUUCGGGAUGCCUCCGCCCGGCUUCCAGGCCGGCUUCCAGCAGCCGCCGGGCUGGCCGGGCGCCCCGCCCGGCUCGGCGCCGUGGGGCGUGCCGCCGCAGCAGCUGCUGCCGCCCGCCGCCGGCCUCGCGGGCGGCGCGCUGCAGGCCAUCGACGAGGCGGCCGUCAUGUCGAAGGUCGACCCGGACAUCCUGGCGCGGGCGUCCGAGUGGACGGAGCACAAGGCGCCGGACGGUAGGUUUUACUAUUACAACGCCAAGAAGGGCGAGUCCGUGUGGGAGAAGCCGCAGCCUUUGAAGGAUCUUGAAGCUGCAAAGCUGGCUGCCGCCCAAGGAAUAUCCACCAGACCGUCAUUGGAAAUGCUGGUAAUGGGAGAUACAGGUAAGCCUCCUAACGCGAUGAACGGAGAACCCAUCAAGGAUUCCGAGAAGGAUGGCGAGGACAAAAUCAAGAAGCUGCAGGAAGAAAUCAAAAAGAAAAAGGAGGAGGAGGAGAAGGCCAAGGAGCUCAAGGUGCAAGACAAGUCGAAACCGAUUUCCAGCACCCCGGUUCCAGGAACGCCUUGGUGCGUGGUAUGGACGGGAGACGGGCGCGUCUUCUUCUACAACCCGACCACGCGCACCUCCGUCUGGGAGAAGCCGGAAGAGCUGCUCAAGCGCACCGACGUCGACAAGAUGACGGCCAACCCGCCGGAAGUGUCGGGCAACUCGGCGAAACUCGACGUUGCCAAGAGUCCGCCGAAGCCGAAGCGCGUCUCCGACGACAGCGACAGCGAGGCGGAGAUCGAGACGCCCGCGAAGAAGCUGAAAAAAGAGGAGAGCGCGCCAACAAACGGGGCGCAAUCUCAGGGCGCAGUAAAAAAGAUUGACAUAGGUAAGGAAGCGGCCAUUGAGGCCGAAGUGAGGGCAGCAAAGGAGCGCGCCGUGAUCCCUCUCGAGACUCGAAUAAAAUUGUUUAAAGAAAUGCUGGCUGAAAAGCAGGUAUCUGCUUUUAGCACUUGGGAAAAAGAGUUGCACAAAAUUGUGUUCGAUUCCAGAUAUCUUUUAUUGACUUCGAAAGAACGGAAACAGGUAUUUGAAAAGUAUGUUAAAGAGAGGGCGGAAGAGGAGAGGAGGGAGAAGCGGAACAAGCUCAGGGAGAAGAAGGACCUGUUCAGGAAGUUGCUCAGCGAAUCUCAUUUGCACGGCAAAUCGUCCUUUAGCGAUUUUGCGCAAAAAUUCGCGAAAGACGAGCGCUUCAAGGGCGUGGAAAAGAUGCGGGAACGCGAAAGUUUGUUUAAUGAGUACUUGAUCGAAGUCAGGAAACGCGAGAAGGAAGAGAAAAGUCAAAAGCGCGAACAGGUGAAGAAAGACUUCUUCGCGAUGCUGCGCGAGCAUUCGGACGUCGACCGGCACUCGCAUUGGUCCGAGGUGAAGCGCAAGGUGGACGCGGACCAGCGCUACAAGGCCAUCGACUCGCAGGGCCAGAAGGAGGAGUGGUUCAGGGAGUACUGCAAGAUGCUGAAGGAGGAGAAGAAGCGCGCCAAGGAGAAGGACAGGGAGCACAAGCGCGAGAAGGAGAAGCACAAGAAGAGCAAGAGGGACAAGGAUAGAGGCGACAAGGAGGGCAAAGACAAGGGGGAGAAGGACAGGGAUUCGAAGAAGCAGGAUGAGGGGGUGGUGGAGGAUGAGGACCCGGACGCCAGCGUCAAAGCAAGCGAGGAUAAAGAGGCAGACGGUACGGACGACGAGAAGGCGCAAGAGUUGAAAGACAAAGAAAGACAAGCAAGAGCGGAAGCUAGCCUGAGAGAAAGGGAGAAGGAGGUGCAGAGGACGCUGGCCAAUCACAUGAGAGACAGGGACAAGGAGAGGGAACAUCACAAACGCGACGAGGCCAUACAGCACUUCAACGCUCUGCUGGCCGACCUGGUGCGCAACCCGGACCUGAGCUGGCGCGAGGUGAAGCGCAUCCUGCGCAAGGACCACCGCUGGGACCUGGCCGACUCGCUGGGCCGCGACGACAAGGAGAAGCUGUUCAACGACCACCUCGAGCACCUGCUGCGCAAGAAGCGCGAGAAGUUUCGCGAACUCUUAGACGAAACGCCGGAGGUCACUCUGGUGAGCGGGUGGAAGGAGAUCAAGCGGCUCGUCAAGGAGGACCCGCGCUACACCAAGUUCGCCUCCAGCGAAAGGUGUGAACGCGAAUUCAAAGAUUAUUUGAAAGACAAACUUAUAACUGCCAAGGGGCAGUUCAAAGAACUGCUGCAGGAAACAAAAAUGAUAUCUCAUAAAUCGUUGUCAAACUUGAGGGAAAAUCAAAGUCAUAUGUCCGAGAUUGAGGAGAUUUUGAGGAACGAUAAAAGGUACUUGGUUUUGGAUCACAUAACUCACGAAAGGACGCAGCUCAUUUUAAACUACUUUGAGGAGUUGGAUCGUAGAGGGCCCCCACCGCCGCCUACGGCGAGUGAGCCCAACAGGAGAUCGAUAAAAUAAGUCAACUUUUAAAUUGUUCAAUUUUAUUCAUUGUAUUGUAUUAACCGAUUCACUGUUGCAAAACUUUUAUAUGUAUAUUUCGUUUAAAACCAAGUUGUAUGUCAUAUACAACAAAUAAAUUAUCUAAGAGA